GCGGGCCCCGGGAAAGGGCCUGAAAUUAAGGCGGGGACUACAGCGUCCCUUCUAGACCGCCCGCCUCCAGGCGUGACUCGCAGACCUGGGCUUGGGCUGGCUGAAGUGGCGGCGCUAUCUGCGUGGCCCCGGAAGGACUUCUAGCGAAAGGCGGGAGAGAGAAGCAGCUGAGAAGCGGCGGAAGCCAGAGGGGGCCAGUAGGGUACGGACCAGACGCUCGCGGCCUGGAGAGCUUCUAGGCGCCGCCAAGCGGGCCGAGCCCACCCGGCCGCCUCUCCUUACGCUUCCGGGAGCCGUCGCGAGCAAGUGCGCCUGCGCGCCGGCCGCUCCGCGCGGCUCGCCGCUGUCCUCGCGCCGGCCGGCAUUCCGACGGUUCCUGCUGCUCUUCCCGCCCAGCAUCUCGGCUUGGCAGCGCACCGGCGUGCGACAUGUCGCGGCGGCGGCACAGUGACGAAAACGACGGAGGACAGCCUCACAAAAGGAGAAAGACCUCUGAUGCAAAUGAAACUGAAGAUCAUUUGGAAUCUUUAAUAUGCAAAGUAGGAGAAAAGAGUGCCUGCUCUUUGGAGAGCAACCUGGAAGGCUUGGCUGGUGUUUUGGAAGCUGAUCUUCCUAACUACAAGAGCAAGAUCUUAAGACUUCUUUGUACAGUUGCGCGUCUGUUACCUGAGAAGUUGACAAUUUAUACAACAUUAGUUGGACUGCUGAAUGCCAGGAAUUACAACUUUGGUGGAGAAUUUGUAGAAGCCAUGAUUCGUCAACUUAAAGAAUCUUUGAAAGCAAACAAUUACAAUGAAGCUGUAUAUUUGGUUCGUUUUUUAUCUGAUCUUGUGAAUUGUCACGUCAUUGCAGCCCCAUCAAUGGUUGCUAUGUUUGAAAAUUUUGUAAGUGUAACUCAGGAAGAAGAUGUACCUCAGGUGCGACGGGAUUGGUAUGUGUAUGCAUUUCUAUCAUCUUUGCCCUGGGUUGGAAAGGAGUUGUACGAGAAGAAAGACGCAGAAAUGGACCGUAUCUUUGCCAACACUGAAAGCUAUCUUAAAAGACGCCAGAAGACUCAUAUGCCCAUGUUACAAGUAUGGACUGCUGAGAAACCACAUCCACAAGAGGAGUAUUUAGAUUGCCUGUGGGCCCAGAUUCAGAAAUUGAAAAAGGAUCACUGGCAGGAGCGGCACAUCCUAAGACCUUAUCUUGCCUUUGACAGCAUCCUAUGUGAAGCACUGCAGCACAAUUUGCCUCCUUUUACACCACCUCCUCACACUGAGGAUUCAGUAUACCCAAUGCCAAGGGUCAUCUUCAGAAUGUUUGAUUACACAGAUGAUCCCGAGGGUCCUGUAAUGCCAGGGAGUCAUUCAGUGGAAAGAUUUGUAAUAGAAGAGAAUCUUCACUGCAUCAUUAAGUCCCACUGGAAGGAAAGGAAGACUUGUGCUGCACAGCUGGUCAGUUAUCCAGGGAAGAACAAGAUCCCCUUGAACUACCACAUAGUUGAGGUGAUCUUUGCAGAGCUGUUUCAACUUCCAGCACCCCCUCACAUUGAUGUGAUGUAUACGACACUUCUCAUUGAACUUUGCAAACUUCAGCCUGGCUCUCUACCCCAAGUUCUUGCACAGGCAACUGAAAUGCUAUAUAUGCGUUUGGACACAAUGAAUACUACCUGCGUAGACAGGUUUAUUAAUUGGUUUUCCCAUCAUCUAAGUAACUUCCAAUUCCGUUGGAGCUGGGAAGAUUGGUCAGAUUGUCUUACUCAAGAUCCUGAAAGUCCUAAACCAAAGUUUGUAAGAGAAGUUCUAGAAAAAUGUAUGAGGUUGUCUUAUCAUCAGCGUAUAUUAGAUAUUGUUCCUCCUACCUUCUCAGCUCUAUGUCCUGCAAACCCAACCUGCAUUUACAAGUAUGGAGACGAAAGUAGCAAUUCUCUUCCUGGACAUUCGGUUGCCCUCUGCUUAGCUGUUGCCUUUAAAAGUAAAGCAACCAAUGAUGAAAUCUUCAGCAUUCUGAAAGACGUACCAAAUCCUAACCAGGAUGAUGACGAUGAUGAAGGAUUCAGCUUUAACCCAUUGAAAAUAGAGGUCUUUAUGCAGACUCUGCUACACUUGGCAGCCAAAUCGUUCAGCCACUCCUUUAGUGCUCUUGCAAAGUUUCAUGAAGUCUUCAAAACCCUAGCUGAAAGUGAUGAAGGAAAGUUACAUGUCCUAAGAGUUAUGUUUGAGGUCUGGAGAAACCAUCCACAGAUGAUUGCUGUACUAGUAGAUAAGAUGAUUCGUACACAGAUUGUCGACUGUGCUGCAGUAGCAAAUUGGAUCUUCUCUUCAGAACUAUCUCGUGACUUUACUAGAUUGUUUGUUUGGGAAAUGUUGCAUUCCACAAUUCGAAAAAUGAACAAACAUGUUCUGAAGAUCCAGAAAGAGCUGGAAGAAGCUAAAGAGAAACUCGCAAGGCAACACAAACGGCGAAGUGAUGAUGAUGACAGAAGCAGUGACAGGAAAGACGGGGCUCUUGAAGAACAAAUAGAAAGACUGCAGGAAAAAGUGGAAUCAGCUCAAAGUGAACAAAAGAACCUCUUCCUUGUCAUAUUUCAGCGAUUUAUCAUGAUCUUGACUGAGCACUUAGUACGAUGUGAAACUGAAGGGACCAGUGUAUUAACACCAUGGUAUAAGAACUGUAUAGAGAGGCUACAGCAGAUCUUCUUACAGCAUCACCAAAUAAUCCAACAGUACAUGGUGACCCUGGAGAACUUGCUCUUCACUGCUGAAUUAGAUCCUCAUAUCCUGGCUGUGUUCCAACAGUUCUGUGCCCUGCAGGCCUAAGGGUCAUUUUUCCCCCUCAUGUCAAGAUUUUUUAAAAAAUAUCUCAAAAUAAUUUGUCUUAUUUUUGAUUGUUUGAAUGCUUGCUUUCUUAUAGCAUCCUUUCACUUACUAAAGGAAAUGGGAAGGAAGACAGUAAAGAAUAUGGCAUUGAUUACCUGUUAAUCACCCCUAAAAAGUAUAUUCCCCAGUGACAAUAAUGCGAUGACCAUAGGAUAUGUUAUAUGUGACAGAUACAACUUUUCUUAUAUUUUUUCUCCUUAAGGCACAAAAGAUAACUGAUUUGAGGUCUGAAACACUAGAGGCCAAGCUUACAAAGUAGUAUAUAGAACUGAUGGGUUUAUCAAGUAGCACAGCUUUUCACAGCUCAUGGAUAACCUAACAUGGCCAAAAUAAAACUAAAAAUGUUUUUUAAA